CCAUAUGGCUGCAGGGUUCCCAGGCGGAAUAUGAGUUGCUGUUAUGUUGGAUUCUCCAGCAUCUGCAGUUCCCAUUAUCACUGACACUUUGCGUGUUUUGUUUGCAUCAGAGUGACAUAAACCUCACAGUCACAGGCUUUAAUUGUGCUCGAUUUUGAUGUAGGCCCCGAAACUAUAGCAACCCCUUCAGGGAGCGGGGCCGGGGAGACAACUGCGCAAAAGCGGAAGUUCGCGUCAAUGAGGGAAUGAGCUGUUUAUUUUCCUCAAUUUUUACCGGUCUGGCGGUUUCGUUUGUGUAAAACGUGACCGAUUCCAGGAUCGCUAUUGGUAUCGACCAGGGUCAGCGCGUGUGAGCGGUUCGAGGAAAAGCCCAGGAUUUUGCUCCCUUCUUGGCUGCGAGCUCGUGUACAGAUCAAUGGCAGUUGGUUGUCCUUUGGCACUGUGUCCAUGUAGCCUUUCAUCGUGUGUGAGUCCAGACUAAUGGCUGGUUUAUGGUUGGCUUCCUGUGGAAGGUUGGUUUUUUUUGUCCUUCUGCUGAACACUCCUCUCCACCAUGGAAUAGCAUUUGAUCCUUACAGAUCAUUGGGAAUCAGUCGAACUGCAACCCAAGCAGAAAUAAAGAAAGCUUACAAACAACUGGCCCGGGAGUGGCACCCUGACAAAAAUAAAGACCCAAAGGCAGAAGAUCAGUUCAUUCAGAUUAGUAAAGCAUAUGAGAUUCUUUCAAAUGAAGAAAAGAGGUCAAAUUUUGAUAAGUACGGAAAUCCAGAUGGACAACCAGGGAAUCUCCAACAUCCACAGCAGCAUUUCCGGAGUUUCCAUAAAUACGACAGUUUCUUCUUUGAUGACUCUUUCUUUCAAUUCCAAUUUAAUUCUGCCAGAGACUCAUUCGAUGAUAAGUACCUACUGCAUUUCGCGCAGUACAUGAAUGAAGUUAUGCCAGACAGUUACAACAAACCAUACCUCAUCAAAGUGACUUCUGACUGGUGUUUCAACUGCGUUCAAAUUGAGCCAAUCUGGAAGGAAAUGGUACAGGAGUUUGAACCUCUGGGCCUCGGGAUUGGAGUCAUAGAUUCAGGGUAUGAGCGUCGUUUGUUAAAUCACAUUGGCGUGUAUCAGCAUCCAGCAAUAGUGGGAGUCAUCAAUGGACGAGUAACGUUCUUUAAAACCACGGUGGUUCGAGAAAACCUAAGACAAUUUGUGGACAACCUUCUGCCAAACAAACUGUUGGAGCAGGUAACCAACAAGAAUUAUAUACAAUUCCUGUCUUCAUGGGAGCAAGACAACAAGCCACGUGCACUAAUGUUUCACCAGAAGUCCACGAUACCACUGUUGUACAAGCUGAUUGCCUUCCACUUCAAAGAUUAUGUAAAAUUUGGAGCUGUGCAGACUGGGAUAGAGCUGACUGAUGAAAUCUUGACUUAUUACAGUAUAAGUGUUUACGCCUCCACCAUAAUGAUUUUUAAGGAGAAUGUAGACAAGGCAGCUGAUAGCAUCCAGGCUAAAGGAAUGAAGAAACAAAUAAUAGAUGAUUUUAUUUCUGGUAACAAAUACCUACUGGCUCCUCGCCUUACAAGCCAGAAACUCUUUGAGGAGCUGUGUCCUCUGAAACAACACCGUCGUCAGAGAAGAUAUUGCGUCCUGCUAAUCAUUCAAAGGAAAGAUGAGUUGCAGUCUCCGUAUCGCUCCUUUGUCUCCUUCGCGUCUGUAAAUACGAAAGAGUCAAUGAAAUUUGUUUACGUUUAUUCUGAACGUCAGCAAGCAUUUGUUAAUGCCUUCCUCCCACCAGCACUGCAAAACAAUCCAUUACCAAAUGUUGUGAUUCUACAGCGAAGCAGCAUUCCUGGUAAAGUGUUCUAUAAACUAUUGGAAAAUGGAUGGAAUGGGAGUGAGGAGGACAAAAUGCUUUUAUUUAAUGAGCUGACUGAGUUACUGGGAAUGGAAGGCCACACAGUACUCUCUCAUGAUGUUGUGUUACCUGAACUAAAUGAUGAAUUUGCUCCAAUGUUCCUCCUUCGCUGGUUGUAUGCCAUAAUAGAUUAUGCAUCUCAAAUUUGGGCAUCUGGGUUCACUCAGAACUGGCGGGAAAUGAUGCCUUUGAUUUCUCUGCUUUUCUCUGUGGUUUUCAUUCUGUUUGGAGCUUUCAUCAUUCAAGCUUUUGGGGAACCAAGUGACAUGGAGAGCAGGUCUGAAUCUGAGAAAGAACAGGAACCAGCAACAGAUAAGAAUCGGGAAACAAAAAAGCAGCAAAUCAACACCAACAGGAAUUUAAGUAGGUCCCCAGAGCAGAAUUUUGUGGAAGUGACUGAAUUGACCUACAUCAACUAUAACAGCAAUCUUGUGCGGCUAAUGCCUGGAAACAUUAAUGUACUGGUUGUGGUCACCGAUGCUACAAAGAAUGCUUUAAUUCAGAAGUUUGCACAUGAAGUGUAUCCUGUUACCUGGAAUAAAUCACUACACUUCUCCUUUUUAAACUUAUCAAAACAUCGGGGGUGGCUGCUAGAUCUGUUAGAAUUUGCCCAGGAUCCUGCUCGGAUUUCCAGUCUACAAGAUGAAAGUUGCCAUACCCAGAACUACAUUGGCUAUGUGUUGGCAUUAAACGGACACCGGAAGUACUUCUGCUUGUUCAAACCUCAAUUCUUUAAGGGAACUGAGAACAGGAGCAUUCUAAAUGGCUUGGAACCAACGCAAGAUGGGAAAAGGCCGACUGAAGCAAUGGAAACAAACAGCCCACAUCAAUCUCCACCCAGCUCCAAUGUAUCUGUGAAACAGACCGAGCAACUACUCAACAAACUUCACCUUUGGAUGGACAGACUGCUUGAAGGGAUUCUGCAACGAUACUACGUACCCUGUUGGCCGGAGCUUCACUGAUAUUCUGUAGUUUUGCUGGUAGAAUUUUGUGCUGAAAUGCACCUGAACCACAAUUGAAUAGAGCAGGAAUUUACAGCUCUACGUUAUUUUUUCAGAAUAUUUUCUCAGUCUUGUUUAGAUCUGUGAUGCAAAGAGCCAUGUAAAGUGAAACAAAAGGACCAGGUGAAUCAACAGGUUAGAAAACUGUGUACGCACAAAUCUCUUUUAGUUUGCACAUUAACAAAUGAGGAAUUGGUAGAGAAGUAGAAUUUAAAAACAGAUGGCAAUGCUAUGAUGGAGUUUGAGCCACUGACCUCACACAAAUUUGCAUACUAGAAUUAUUGUAGUUCUAGGUUUUGUUCUUCUAACCCUCCUUUCCCUGUCUUCCUCCUAGUAAGAAAAUCCUACUUUUGCUUGUGCAUGUAACUCUGCCAUAAUAUCGAGGGGAAGGCAAGAAACAUAGGCCUCCGACCACUCCAACCACAGAUAUUCUACCUUCUCCGCAAUGAAAAACUGACCUCUCUGUUAAAAUUGAGUGCUGGUUUCAUGUUUUUGUGAAGUUAUAUGCAGCGAUUUAUUCUAAACUUGUACUUUUCUGCCUACUGCAUUUCUCAGCUGUAUUCUCACCCAUUUACUCUAUCAAUUCCUCAAAAUGAUAACAUUUGCUAAGAUUCCAGUACUCAAAGUUAUCGCUUAGAUAUGAGAUGUCAGCAAGUUUUUUUUUGUUGUUGUUAGGAUAUCACAGCUGCUAUCCUUAUCUGAUGUCCAGAGGCACGUGCACUUACUUUCCAGGAGCAGUGAAUAGACAGUGAUCAAAAUUGGAAACUUGGAAGAAUGUUUACUUUCCUCAUUCUUCACAGUGUUGCAUUGACACCAUUUGUGAGGCUGUGUUUUCCCUUUUUUCCCUAACCUCCAAUGUCCAAGACAAGAUUAGGAUAGACCAGGGAUUGAAUUUUCUGAUCCGUGUGGCCUAGUGCAACAUUGUAGUGACUUCAUUUGAAGUGCUGAGAAGCACUUUUCCACCAAUCUUUUUAAAAAAACGUUGUUUUUGUAAUCUGAAUGGCAGAACACUGGGUUAUAAAUUUCUGAAGAAUAGCUACUAAACAGGGUUAAGAUACACAGUUACUGUCUCCUAGAUUAGAUGAGGUGCUAGCAGAUUUGAAACAUAAAUGUUAACCAGUGGAUGAAAUAAUGGAGUCUGCACCUGCCUGAAACAACAGUGUUUGGUUGCUGUAUACAAGUACCUAAUGCAAAUAAUAUAAACUAUUUAAUGUAUUUAUUAAAUGUUAGACGUUUAGACUUGUAUAUAGCUGACUUCACUUGCUGGCUGUAUAUUCUGUCACAGCAAGAUAGUGGAUUCUGAAAUAAAGGAAGUAAAUACUGAAAUUGCAUGGCAUAUUGAUGAACAUCUGACAGGAAAGGGCAAGUAAGAGAGUGCCCACAAGUCAGUCUGCCCCCCUUCCCCUUUUGGAAUGCCAGUGUACUACUAAGGUUUCAUUAUGGUGGUUGGAAGGCAUAUACAAUUAUAGCCAUAAGUACACCACCAGCUAUAUUGGGCACGAACAGCAAAUGUUUUAGCCACCCCUGCAGCAGAGACUUGGAUUUUUGCCUCUACAGGGGAUCAGUUAGCUCCGUUAGUUGAAUAGCUGGUUUGUGGUGCAUUGGUUCAAUUCCCACACUGGCUGAGGUUACAUAAAAGGGUCUCCUUCGCAACCUCUCCACUCACCUGUAGCGUAGCAACCCCAUGAUUAAACCACCACCAGUCAUCUCUCUCCCUAAUGAGAGAGCAGCCCUAUGCUCAGGUAGGAUUGUGGUGACUUUAUCUUGGUGCAGUAGGAAGUCUAUAAUCUGUUUAAGGUCAUCCAGCCAAGAGUGGUAUGGCCUGAGGCUGCGCAUGACCAACAAACUCUGCUCGGGGAAACCCAGACCAAGGACAUAGAUGUCUGGGCCCAAGAAAGAAAGUAAAUUACUUUGCAUGGACUCCCUGACCUUUCAGCCCCACACUGCCUGGGAAAAUUUCAUGUGCCCUUUUCUGCCCAGAAAUGAGUGUGCCCCUUAUUUCUAAACCAACAUGUUCUUCUGUUCAAAUGUAAUUAUGGUUCUAGCAUUUUAUUUAUUUCAGAUGUCCAAGAUGUGCAGUUUUUUAAAAAAUUCCCUGAUUUUUACCCAUUCUUUGUGCAGUUGCUAAUACUAACCAGAUUUCUUUAAAAUUAUCCUCCACAUUUGUGACAUUCCUUCUUAAAGUAAAUACUGCUGGAAAUGUUAUUUUAUUCAAUUGGAGUAAUUCUAUGAAAUCAUAAUCCUGAAGUUAAGUCUCACCCAGUCAGGUCAGAGACCAUGUUUGUAGGGUUCUUGUUGUCUUUAAUGAUAGUAAGUUGCGUAGAGUGCAGACCUGGAUUCUGUAUUGCAUGUACUUCUGACAGAUGCAUCUGUGAAACUAGAUUAUGAUUGAGUAACAUCAGCUUUUCGUUGAAGAUUUGAGCGCAUUGGCAUUAACCAAGAUUGUGUUUGUGAAGCCACAGAACUUGUCAUUUAGCACAGUUCUAUUUCUCAAUUUUCUUGCCCUCCAUUUUUCUUAGAGUCAGGUUCCCUGGGCUUUGAAUGUCUUCCAUUACUUUGUGGCCAUUCUUUGUGCAAACUGAUCCUGUCCUUGUCCAACAUCUUAGACUAUGAUCACACAUUAGUGACCAAGAAUGGGAACUCUGGCUAUCUUCUUUCUGCCUGCUUAACCCUCAGUUCUUGAGUCAAUUGUUGCAACCUUCAUUUUUUUUUUGGCAAAGAUCUGCUAACUCAGUAAAGAACAGGGCAAGUAACCUAGGACCAUCUGGUGCAUUGUUGUUGAAAAAAAAGCCAGCUGGUACAUUUACUACUUCACCCAAUUGCUGAAUCUGUACAGGAUGAGUUAUGAAAAAGGUGAUUAAUUUUGCAACAUGCAGUUAAAUUGGGAUUUUCACUACUGUCUUAUUGUAUGCACUUGAAUGUUUCUGAUACUAAAUGUCACUUUAAAUAUUGCAAACUGUAGGCAUUUUUAAAUUAGAAUAAAAUUUAUAUUCAUGGAUAUGUUUAGUUGCACCCAGCAUUAACAAAAAGUUGAAAAGCUGAUGCCAUUACAGUAAGUGAGAACUUGGUGUGAUUUAGCUAAUUGUGUAUGUCACAGCCACAUUGAGGGUUGUGUUUGUAAUAUUCCACAUUCAUGAAAAGUUCAGAAAUUGGUUUUAACUUGACAGAGAACAUGCGCUGGAUAUUUGCACCUUUUGGGGCAAAUGAAUUAUGUUAGUGUCUCAGUGGACCAUAACUUACGGCUAGGUACAGGUUUGUAUUGCUAAGUUUACAGUACCCAAUACAAAAGUCAGGAUCAAUGCGUGUAUUAAAUGCCAAACAUCUGAUCCACCCUAUCCCAUGCUGCAGUGAGUGUGGACCCAAAACAGAGAAUGAUUCAACUAUCUUUGCACCAUUACUCUUUCCUUUUUAACCAUACGUCUGGUCUCUGAUUGAUUCCAUACUUUCAGAUUGAAAUUCACUUGUAUCUAAUUUGUUUCCACUCGCUUUUCUUCUAAGGCACAGUGAUGUUUGCUGUGUUUUGAUACAGCAGGAAUCCUUGUCCAUUCUUUCCCAUCCUAACCUAAAGGCACUGUUUAAAAUUGCAACUUUGUUACUGUUUUGAACAGUAGGCUACUGAUCAUACCUGCUGUCCUAACAGGAUGAGUGCUGGCUUUUAAUAAAUAACUUCAAAUCAUUUGAGAUCUGUGAAGACCAACAAGAUUAAUUUAUUUUCAGAGUCACUCAAUUACAAGCAAUCUCAGUAACAAAUCAUUACUGUUUAUUCAUAUUACGAAAGUCAAAAGUUACAAUAAGAAGGGAAUUGCCAGUAUGGAUCCUAAAAUAUUUCUCAAUCAAUGCUAUGAGUCAACUGCAGUUUGGUAGGCUGAUUUAACGUGGGGUUUUUUUCAACAUUAAUGAAAGCAAUUAAGAUAGUACCAGACAUGACAAGGCAUUUCUUGAUUAUAGAUCUCUGCAAAUUAUCACACACAACAUGUCCAUUGUAACUGAGGCUUUUGCAUGUAAAAUACUGCAUGUUCCAAAUUGUUUAAAGUUUGAAUUAGUAGAACGCAUUUAAGUCUUUUCCAGUAACGGUUGCACUGCGUGAGAAAGCAGUUAGUUAUUAAAUGAUUAUCACUCAUUCUAAUAAAUGUGACCUAAACACCAUACAAAGUUCAGUGAUACUUAACGUUGGGUAGAACACAAAGCAUCUCGAAAAGCAGAUUGGCAGCUGUCAAAGCUGUGUUACCUGAAAAAUACAGACUUGUGAAAUUGUUGAAAUAAAUUGGCAUAUACCUUUCA